GCAAACCAAAGUCUGACAACCCUGUUGAUGAUGAUGAUGAUGAGGACAAUGUUGCCAACUGUGAACUCAGUUAUGUGAAAAAAUUUCAAAGUUUCCAAGACAAGAAGAUCAAAAUUAACAAAGAGGAUACAAGACACUUGGCCAAAGCCAAGCUCGAUGGCCGCCUACAUGAAGAAAUGCUUGACAGAAGACAAAAAAUGAAAUCUGAUAAAUUUUGUAAAUAGUUCUAUAGUAUGUAUUUAUUUCAUGUUUAAAAACUUUGAUCAGCUACAACAGGCACACUACAGUGAGUUUUCUGAUGAAGGAAGGGGUAUGCUCUAUGAUAUGUGUUAUACACUAUGUAUAUGGGUAUGCACUUAGCCUGCCGCACAGACGUUUUUAGUGUUGGCUCGUUCCUUCCCCGACUCUAAAAACGUACUCAUUGUACUCAUAUGCUGAACCUAAUACAAUAUUAGGUUUGACUUAGAUUCAUUUUGGAGCAACUGCUGAUUCAUAUGGUGAAGUUAAUAUGCUGAAUUAAAUUAGGCCUUUUUUGCCCAAAGUGAUGAAUUAAUGAAGCACAGCAAAAGAGCAGUGUAUAAAUCAGUUUGGUCUGCAGGCUUUAAUUUGGUAUGGCAAACACAUUAAGUUAGACAAGGCUUGCCACAUUUUACAGUAUGACACUGCAGGGGCAGUUGAUUCUUAUGCCACUCUUGCUGUACAUGUAUUUAAUUCAUCAAUUAGGCACAUGAGUAGAGCAGCAUAUGGAACAGGCCUAAAUCUGUAGCAACUAAGAUGUUUUAGGAAUAAAUGAUGUUAUUUUAGUGAUGCUAGAUUAUAGCCUUUUUAUUUUUAAUUGAUGUCAAAAUAUUUUUAGUAAAAAUGUUA